AUGGACCGCGGCCUCCUCGCGCGCGCGACGUCGGCCGACGACGGGCCGACGCCCGGCUAUUUAUAUGGCGAAAUCGCGAAGAUGACGCGCGCGUCCUUCGACGUGUGCGCCAAGGUCGAGGAGUACCUCGCGAAGCGCUGCUCCAAUAAAAACGCGAACGUCAAGUUGAAAGCGCUCGUGGUGAUUCGCCACGUCGCCGAGAAGGGCGCCCCGCAGUUCAAGCAGCAGAUGGUUAGAAGGUUACCAGUAAUAAAAGACUGCCAGCAGUUCUCGGGCCCGCCGGACCCGCUGCGGGGCGACGAGCCCUACCGCAAGGUGCGCGUCGCCGCGAAGGACGCCAUCGAGGCCCUGACGAGCGACGACUACGAGCAGCCCGCCCAGAGCAUGCAGGGGUUUUCCGGUGGUGGUGAUGCUUACAAUGAUGGCCCGGCGAACUACCCCCCGCAGCGGGGCCGCAUGGAGGGCUUCGGCAAUUCUAUUCCGGAAGCCGAGCCGACGACGUACAUGGCCAAGGCCCAGCGCAUGGCGUCGCAAAUGGCCGAGAAGGCCGCGUCGCGCCUCCAGAAGAGCGACUCGGGGUAUCGCGGCGGCGACCAGCGGCGCUCGGCCGAGUUCAGCUCCCACAGAUCGAUGCCGGGCGUCGGAAACCCGCGUUUUGGGGACGCGCGGAACGCGCCGCCUUCUUGGAAAGAGCGCGUCCAGGAGGGCGCGCGCCAGGCCGCCGACUCCGUCCAGAAGAUGCGGUUCGGGACCUCGUCCACCGAGUCGUUCGACCCGUCCUACAACUACGCUUCCAAUAGGGGCGCGAACGCGUACGGCGGCGGGACCUUCCAGGCGCCUUCUUCUUCAUCAAGCCAGGACUGGGGCGACCGGCGGCGCGGGAAUGUGGGCGGCGGCUGGGGGAACACGAACACGCCCCAGCCGCCUCCAAGGCAGAGCGCGCCGUCCUACGAAGCGCAUACGACAACUCAAUCGUCGGCGGCGGGCCGCGCGGGCGGCGCCGCGACGGACGGCGAGUACGAGAGACACUUGGUGAAGGACCUCUGCGGCGCGGGCGGCACGCGCGCCGCGCCGCCGGCCGACAAGCUCCAGGCCUUCGUGGACGCCGCGGCGACGCUCGACGCCGACGCCGUCGGGCCGGCGCUACUCGAGGAGUUGGAUGAUGCCAAGCCCUGGCAGUCGCGGGCCAAGGCCUGCGCCGUCGUCGAGGCGCUGUGCCGCGCGGACGGCUGCGAGCACCACCUCGGCUACUUCUCCGAGGUCGCCGACGACCUCCAGGGGCUCGAGGCGGCGUCGAAUCUAGCCCUGCGCAAGCAGGCGCGGCGCAUGCUCUCCGCACUCGGCGUCGCGGGCGACGCGCCGGCCGCGGCGCCGCGGCGCGCGCCGCCGCCAGCGUCGACGGAGGCCGACCUGCUCGGCGGCUUUGCGGAGCCGGACCCGCCCGCGCCGUCGCUCCUCGACGAGUUCGGCGGCGGCGCGCCCGCGCCGCCCGCCGCGGCGCCGCCCGCGUCGGCGCCGCCGUCGCUGCUCGACGAGUUCGGCGGCGGCGCGCCCGCGCCGCCCGCCGCGGCGCCGGCGCCGCCGCCCGCGCCGCCCGCGCCGGCGGGCCUCUUCGGCAACCUCAGCGUCAAGGAGACGUCGCCGCCGCCGCCGCCCGCGACAACGGAGGAGCCGCCGUCGCUGCUCGACGCCUUCAGCGCGGGCCUCGCGGACGCCUCGACGGCCGUCUCCGACGCCUUCCCCGCGACGGCGGCCGCCGCCGCCGACGUCUUCGGGAGCGGCGAGCUCGCGCCCGCGGCGCCCGCGGCGCCGCCGCCGCCGCCCCAGGAAACACCAAAAUCGCCGGUCUCGCCGGGCGGCGACCCCUUCGCGGCGCUCACGGGCCUCCCGCUCACGCGCGAGGACAAGUACCACGCGGCGACGGCCGGCCGGACGGGCCCGGCCUUCGUCGCGCCACAAUCGCAGCAGCAGGCGUGGCAGCAGCAGCAGCAGUACCAGCAGCAGCAGGCGUGGCAGCAGCAGCAGCAGUGGCAGCAGCAGCAGUGGCUCCGGCAGCAGCAGAUGAGCGGCCCGCCGUCGUUCACGGCCGCGCCGCCCAUGAUGCCCGGCCGCGCGGCGGCGAUCCCGCCGGCCGCGCCGGGCGACUCGCCGUCGGGCUUCGCCUUCAUGGGCGCGCCGGCGAAGGAGGCCGACUCGUUCGGCUUCGUGUCGGACAUGAUCGGCGCGAAGAAGUAG